AUGGUGGAAGAUGCAUUUGAUGAUGAUUUUGUAGAUCGUCCUAAUGAAUUUGCCAAAAUUUUAGAGGACGCAGAGAAACCAAUUUAUCCUGGCUCAAAAUUUUCAAAACUUUCUACAUUAGUAAAGUUAUAUAAUAUAAAGGCACGAUAUGGAUGGAGUGAUAUUGGAUUUUCUGAAUUGAUUGUCUUUUUUAAAAAGGUGAUGCCUGAAGAAAAUGAAAUUCCAAUAUCUUUGUAUGAAGCAAAGAAGACGUUAUCAUUAUUGGGAAUGGAGUACGAAAAAAUACAUGCUUGCCCAAAUGACUGUAUUUUAUAUCGUAAAGAAUUUGCUGAUGCAAAUAAGUGUCCGGUGUGUACACGUUCAAGAUGGAAACUGAAAAAGAAUUCCGAAGAGGAGCGAAAAGGUAUUCCGGCAAAAGUGUUAUGGUAUAUUCCACCUAUCCCACGGUUUAAACGUUUGUUUCGAAAUUAUAAUCAUGCAAAAAAUUUGAUUUGGCAUGAGGAAGAAAGGAUAAAAGAUGGUAAGCUACGACAUGUGGCUGAUUCACCUGCGUGGAGAAAUGUAGAUGAUAAAUGGGAGAAAAUAAAAAGUGAUCCUAGAAACCUUCGUCUAGGUCAUUCUGCUGAUGGUAUCAAUUCACAUAGUUCUCUUAGUAGUACGUAUAGUUGCUGGCCAGUUGUUCUUGUUAUUUAUAAUCUUCCUCCGUUAUUGGUCAUGAAAAGAAGAUUUACAAUGCUCACUCUAUUAACAUCAGGUCCAACACAACCAGGAAAUGAUAUAGACGUAUUUUUAGCUCCACUAAUCGAUGAUUUAAAAUUAUUAUGGAAUGGAGUGGAAGGUUGUUACGAUAGGUACAAGGAAGAGUAUUUUACAUUAAGAGCGGUACUACUAUUUACUAUCAAUGACUACCCAGCUCUUUGUAAUUUGGCUGGAUGUACUGGAAAAGGCUAUAAAGGGUGUGUAGUAUGUGGUGACCAUACCUUUUCGAGAUGGUUGUACAAAGCUAAAAAAGCAUGUUAUAUGGGGCAUAGACGUUAUCUUGAUCUUAAUCACCCUUUCCGCAAAUACAUAAAUUCUUUUGAUGGUCAACAAGUGCUCGACUUGCCUCCUGAACCAUUGAGUGGAGAACAAAUUUAUGAAAUAGUUCAACACAUCAAUAUUCAAUUUGGAAAGCCAAUUAAUGAAAAGAAGGAAAUGAGUAAACAAGGCAAGGGUAAAAGAAAAAAAAAUGACAAAGAGAAAGGAAAACGAAAGCGCAAAAAGAAAGACGAAGAAAAAGGCAUAGACAAUGACUUGAAUUCAUCAUGUUGGAAGAAAAAGUCAAUCUUUUUUGACUUAGAAUAUUGGAAGACUUUACUUGUUCGACAUAAUCUUGAUGUAAUGCAUAUCGAGAAAAAUGUUUGUGAUAGUAUAGUCGGGACACUUCUCAAUAUUCCUGGAAAAACAGAAGAUACUCUUGCUGGUCGUCUAGACUUAAAAGAAAUGGGAGUGAAGUCAGAAUUACAUCCUACAGUUAGUGAAAAGCGUACUUAUUUACCACCUGGAUGUUUCACGCUAAGUAAGGAUGAGAAGCGUAAAUUUUGUGAAACUUUGGGUAAUAUCAAAGUUCCAGAUGGGUAUUCUUCUAACAUAAGCAAUUUAGUUUCAACGAAAGACUUCUGA